AUGUCGCCGCACAAUUACCAGGGGUACACGCAGCACUUUGCACCGGCCUCUGGUCCAGUCCAGAUAUGGAUGGGCGAUAUUGAGGCGUGGAUGGAUGACGAGUGCAUUCGGCAGAUGUGGGCUCGUGCAGGCGAGUUGGUGUCAGUGAAGAUGAUCCGUGAUAGACUUACAGGAGGGCCGGCAAACUAUUGCUUUAUCGAGGUACCCAUGCAGGCUGAUGCUGAGCGCCUAUUAGCGCUGUACAACGGCAAGAGCAUGCCAAUACCAUUCGACCGACCGUUCCGCCUCAACUGGGCAUCGGGCAUGACGAUGGGGCUCGGCACCGCCCUGUCUCCGUUGGCGCCGGGCCCUGAGUACUCGCUUUUCGUCGGUGAUCUGGCGCCCGAGGUCACUGAUAUGCAGCUCAUUCACGAGUUUCGAUGCCGCUACGCAUCUGUGCGUGCGGCCAAGGUUGUGACAGAUCCUGUUACGCUGCUGCCGCGCGGCUAUGGGUUUGUUAGGUUUGGCGAUGAGGCUGACCAGCAGCGUGCGCUGGUGGAGAUGAUGGGCCAGAUGAUGGGCUCGCGCGCAAUCCGCGUGUCAACAGCGACUCCUAAGCGCACACCGACUAUGCCUGCGCUGCUUCAACAGCAGCAGCAAUACAUGACUGACUCUGCAGCUGCUGCGGGCUCAGCCUCGGCUAUUGCAGACACCCGUGACAUGACGCGGUCGCCCGCAUCGUCAGAGGCAAGCAUUGACAGCAACGCGCUGUACAACCCGGCAACAGACCCGUUCAACACCACUGUAUUUGUCGGCGGCCUGGUCAACCCCGUUAGCGAGGAAGAGCUGCACGCGUUUUUUUCGCAAUACGGCGAGGUCAACUACUGCAAGAUUCCGCCUAACCGCGGCUGUGGCUUUGUCACAUUUGCCAAGCGUCCCAACGCAGAGACUGCCAUGCGCGCGCUCAACGGACAUAUGCUCGGUGGAUCGCGCGUGCGCUUAAGCUGGGAGCCACGCUCGCCACAACCACAAGAGCCAGCACCACCAUCAUCAUCAUCACCAUCACCAUCAUUCCCAGCAGGGAAGUAA